CAAACCAAAGAGAGAUCCUGGGUAGCUGGCUAGUGCAGCAGAAUUAUUCGGCUCCUCUCGUUUCGUGGCGUGUGAUCGACCAUGAAGGGCACCGUGUUCCCGGCGACGUCGUCGGGGGAGCAGGACGAGGAGGGGGCGCCGUUGGUGCCACCGGCGACGGAGGAGAUUGCUGAGGAGGUCGGGGCGCCGCCGUGCAAGGACGGCGACGCUCCGGUGGCGCGGCUGCCGACCGGGUGGUCGUUGUCGUCGUUGGGGGCGGUGUUGCGGACGAGGGGCGUGGGGUCCGUCAUGGUCGGCCUCGUCCUCCUUGCCUUGCUGCUUGGCGCGCGCAGAUGGAUCGACCUCGACGCUUCGUCACUACUAGGCAACACGGUCAGCAUCGGCGCCGGCCAACGGCGGCGUCACCACAGCAACUCUACGGCGCCUCCCGUGCCCAUAGCAUUCACCUGCGGCAACCAGACGUCACCGCAGCCACCGAAAUGCCCUGGAACACCAGGUCCGCCGCUGCCGGCUGGUGGCCCGGGGCCGUCAUGCCCGGACUACUUCCGCUACAUCCACGACGAUCUGCGGCCAUGGCGUGACGCGGGCAUCACGCGGGAGGCGGUGGAGCGCGCACGGCGGCACGCCUACUUCCGGCUGGUGGUCGUGGGCGGGCGCGCGUACGUGGAAACGUACCAACGCGCGUACCAGACCCGGGACGUGUUCACGCAGUGGGGCAUCCUGCAGCUCAUCCGCCGCUACCCCGGCCGCGUCCCGGACCUGGACAUCAUGUUUGCCUGCGACGACCCCGGCCAGGUGCGCGCUGCCGACUUCCCGACGCCGUCGGAGGCGCCGCCCGUGUUCCGGUACUGCAAGGACGCGUCGACGCUCGACGUCGUGUUCCCGGACUGGUCCUUCUGGGGAUGGCCGGAGGUGGGCAUCCGGCCCUGGACGCAGAUGCUGGAGGAGGUAAGGCAGGAGAGCGAGCGCGUGCGGUGGCCGGAGAGGCAGCCCUACGCGUUCUGGAAGGGCAACCCCGAAGGGUACCGCAUUCGCCACGAGCUCCUGAGUUGCAACCCCUCCAACGGCCAAGAAUGGAACGCCCGCAUCUUCACCCAGAACUGGAAUCAUGCAAUUCAAAACGGGUUCAAAGAUUCAAGAAUACCUAAGCAAUGCAUAUACAGGUACAAAGUGUACGUGGAGGGAAACGCAUGGUCAGUGAGCGAGAAGUACAUACUGGCAUGCGACUCACCGGUGCUGUUCAUCACGACGCCCUUCCAAGACAUCCUGUCUAGGGGCCUCAUCGCCGGCAAGCAUUACUGGCCCAUCAACCGGGAGCAUGUCUGCAAGUCCAUCAAGUUCGCCGUCAACUGGGGCAACGAGCACCCGACGCAGGUGCAGCUCAUUGGCGAGCAGGGCAGCCGGUUCGUGAGGGACGAGAUGAGCAUGGACUACAUCUACGACUACAUGCUCCACCUGCUCACUGAGUAUGCCAAGUUGCUCCGGUACAAGCCCACCGUACCAGAGAAGGCCGUUGAGAUCUGCACCGAGUCCAUGGCAUGCCCUGCCCAGGGCCUACACCGGGACUGCAUGAUGGACUCUAUGGAGAGGCAUGUCGCCAGCUUCGAACCGUGCACCCUGCCACCACCGUUCACCCCAGAGGAGGCCAAGGAGAUAGCAGAAAGAGAGAAGGAGGUGCUGAGGAACGUAGAGAACAUGGAAUGCUAGCUGAAAUCUGACAGUAUACAAUUUGAUGCAACUGAG